AUGGCGACGGAGGCUCCAGAUGCGCAUUCACUCAAAGCAUGGCAGGAGGCAUUCCAAUAUCAGAUCCCAACGGUGCGGCGGAUCGAACAGGAACUCCGUCGGGAUGUCAUCAGCAAUAGAGAGAAGCUACGAUCCCUGGUUGGUUUAAGAUACCGGGAUCUUCUGGACACGGCGCAAACAAUCAUCGAGAUGAACGAAGAGAUCAAGCAAGUCGAGCGAAACUUGUCUGAAGUAGGGAGAUGCUGUAAUCCUGCUACAAUUGCCCAAAAGUCCGCCAGCUUGCAUCGAUUGCGAGAAGAUAAUUUGGAAAAAGUGUCGAGCGACCGAACGUUUGCAUCUCAAUUGACCCUCCUUUCCAACUGCGUGUCAGCUAUCUCGCGGAUCCUUCGACAACGCGGCUCGACAGUUGUCGCCGCAAAACUCCUCGUAAUCUCGAGGCUGCUUCAUAACUCCCUGUCGCAGUCUACGCGCGCAACACACUACGUGAAGAGGCUAUGGAAUCAACUAACACCCCUGCGAUACACACUUUCAAGACGUAUUGAUCUACGACUUGCUUCGUUAGACUCCUCUGUUCAGAAUAUAAUCGAAUCCUUAUCUGCAUUCUGUCUAGCUACUAGCUCCUCUGCCGACGAUGCCCUUGGCCAUUUCCAUAAAGUCCGGUCAGAAGCAAUCAAACGCAAGAUCGAAGGGAGUUGCUCUCUUAGUGAUUGUAUAUUGGAAGCCCUGAUCCUUUACAGGGACACUUUAAGGAAAACCGCCGAUAUACUAUCUGGCCCGCUCUUUGAUGCGUUAAAGAAAUUGACGUCUCACCCUCUCCUCGAUGACCCGAAAAUCCAAUGUAUGGGUGACCUUGGACUUGAUAUGGUUCAAUUGUGGAUCUCCAAGGAGAUCAGGAACUUUACACCUUGGAUUAAGCAUGAUCAAAUAUCUAAACAGGCUUCGGCGAAAGCCAUCAGGUCAUGGUCGAUAAAAGCAUUUGAAGAACUAGUUAGUCAGGCAAAGGUCAGGCUGGCUCAGUGUGAAAAUUUCCAGGAAAUACUUUCUGUGCGCAGCUGCCUCCUGAACGAAUGGCUGCCAGUGAUGAAUCUUACACCGUGUCACAGUCCGAUAAAGGUACUGGAAGGAAUCCGCGCUUUGGUCAAUGAUCAGCUUGUCUCAAUCCUUCGAGCACAGAGCAAAGAUCUCACGUUUAUCGGCGACGAAUUAUCUUCAACACUAGACGGCUGGUCGAAUAUUCGAAACCAUGAUCUAGAAUUAUCGCUAUGGGACCCAGACCUUGUCUUUGUGGACUUCUCAGAUGGUGCUACCUUGUUUAAGCACGAGCUAGUGAAAAGGACCCAAGGACAGGGCUCUCAUGUGCUUGAAAUUUUGGAUGUGUAUCAGACUUGGCUUACAGCCGUCAGUAGUCGUUCGACUAUGAUUCAGGACCUUAAGAGCGAAAGAUGGGAGGACAUUAUGGAAGACGAUGUUGACGAAGAAUCCCUUGAAACAGUCACCGGAUUGUUGAAGGAAGAUGACCCUCACCUCUUGCAAACGGAGCACGCGGAGUCUUUGCUAAACGGAUAUAAAUUGUUGCAAUCCUCUCUGAGCGGAGCCAUAGAGAGGAUAGAAGAACCACACGGUGCAACGCAAACCGCAUUUCUCCUUCGAAUUACUCGAGCAAUUCGAAGUAACAUUCCGAAUGAAGUGGCUGGGCAAAAUUUUACCUUUGCUCAAGACUUAGUACCUAAACUUCACCGAAUUCUUGGCCAAGAGAUAUCCUCUCGGGUUUCCGCGUCCGCGUUGACCGGGCUAUUGAGCCGUUCUCGAAAGAGAUGCCCGGGACGGACACUCUGGGAAGGGGAUCCCCCACUUCCAACGCAGCCGUCUCAAGCGGCCUUUAAGUUUUUGCGAGAAUUGGCUGUGGCAAUGGAGCAACAGGGGGCUGAUCUAUGGAAUAUUUUGGCGGUGGAUGAAUUGAAACUGUGCACGGUUGGCCAGAUCAUAGCAGACGUCAGCUCCAGUCUUGCGAAGCAAUCGACAACGGCCGAAGCUGAACAGGAUACCGCGGAUGUCGAGGAAGGAGAAGAAGAUGAGCAGAAAGAUUUAGAGCCUGAUUUUACGCGGGACCACAAGAUUCAGCUCCUGUUUGACUUGUUAUACCUCAGCUGCGCGUUUAGCACAACCGCGUCGAACGUUCGGGGUGGAUUGGACGCGCUAAUUAGUUCUUUGGUGGAAGCCUUGAGAUUUGAAGACAGCUCUAUGAAUUCUCUGAGUAAACGCUCCCAGGAAUACUGGAAACGAACUCAGUUGCUUUUCGGAUUGCUGGCCUAGACAGGCGGCCGUCGUUUCUCUUGAUACCACGCUAUAAACGCGCGCGCGACGAA